UUAGAGAGUUUCCCUUCCGGUCUCUCGGUCUCCUGGGUAGAGGUGACCUAGAGGCUCUGAGCGUCAGGACCGGGGACUCGACUUCCAGCCCUGCUAGUGACGUGCUGUGUGACCUUGGGCUAGGCAGUGUUCCCCUUCCGGGCCUCAGUGUCCACAUCUGUGAAAUGGGAUGGUUGAACUCAGGACUAGGACGUAGGAAGGAGAUCACCGUGCAGGGCUGAGAUGGAUCCGCUCAGGGCCCAGCAGCUGGCGGCGGAGCUGGAGGUAGAAAUGAUGGCUGAUAUGUACAACAGAAUGACAAGUGCCUGCCACCGGAAGUGCGUGCCUCCCCACUACAAGGAAGCAGAACUGUCCAAGGGCGAGUCUGUGUGCCUGGACCGGUGUGUCUCCAAGUACCUGGAUAUCCAUGAGCGGAUGGGCAAAAAGCUGACCGAGUUGUCUAUGCAGGAUGAAGAGCUGAUGAAGAGGAUGCAGCAGAGCUCUGGGCCUGCAUGAGGCCCCACAGGAUCCACCCCGAGGUGCCCCUGUCCCUUCCCACUUGCCUAAUUAAAGUGCCCCUGUUGGGUGUCAUCUGUGAAGACUGCCAGCCCUAGGCUAUCUCUAGAGAGUCUCCAGGAGCCUGAAGCCUGGCUCUCCCCCCAUCGAAGAGUGGGCAUUGGUCACACCGGAAUGUGGCUGUGUGUGUGUGUGUGUGUGUGUGUAUUAAAAAAUUUUGUUGACACCUACUAUGUGCAAAUAAAAACUGCUCUUAGUAUCAA